CGUGCUAUUUAGUUAUCAUUUUUAUUAAUUACACAGUUUGAUCGCUAAAAAUUGUCUAGUCACAUGCCGUGCUGUCAUUGUAGGUAUUCUGGCAUUUAAUAGAGACGGGACCAAUAAGGGUAAUAGAGAGGAAAUUUAAUUGGGUUAAAAUCGUGUUAAUUUUCAAUGUUUUUGUGGAUUCGUUAAUUAAAUUAAAGGUUUAUACAACUUUAUAGGAUAAAUAAAAUAAGUAUUUAAUAUGUGGCUUCAGGAGAUUGAGGAAAUAUUUAAAGGCUAUUUGCCUUAUUACAUUUUAAUAUUUUUACCGAUAUUCAUAAUAGUUUCACCAGUGAAUCCGGUAUAUGCAUCUUCCGAAUUUCCGGUGCACAGAAUGCAACAUUACGAUUUACACGGUAUCGCUCAUGGUUGUAGAAGUGCCGGUCUAAAUUUAGAAGCUAAAUCAUUAACGAAUUGGAAUUCGCCGAGACAUUGCGUGGUAACAAAAUUAAAAGAUUUAACGGUGGAUAGUUUUAGAAAUAUUAAAUUAAAAGCAGGGGGUUUAUUGGUUAUGUUACCUAAAGAUAUCGCCUCUUUGAGUUACGAAGAUAAGCAGCAUCUUCUUAUCUUAGAAAACGCAAUGAUAGCUCAAGAUGUAUCAAUCCCUGUAUAUUUUUCGAAAUAUUCUCCACAACUUGAAUCUAUUAUAAGAGACGUAGAAAACAAUUUGGAUAAUAGCGAUAUGAGUAAAUCGGCAGCGGAGGCAUUAGUAAAUUCUAUUGCUGCUAACGGAUACCAGAUAGUAGUAUCUGCUAGUACACCGGCGGUACAAACUGAUGCUAAAAUUGCUACUAUACACGGACAAUUGUCCGGUUAUAAUCCCAGUGGAAAUGUACCGACAGUGGCUAUUGUAGCACAUUAUGAUAGUUUUGGAGUUGCUCCUGAACUAUCUUUCGGAGCAGACUCGAAUGGAUCUGGCGUUGUCGUACUUUUAGAACUACUCAGAUUAUUCUCCGGGUUAUACUCUGACCAAAAGACCCGCGGAAGGUUCAACAUAGUAUUCGCUUUAACCGGUGGCGGUAAAAUCAAUUAUCAGGGUAGCAAAAAGUGGUUGGAGGAUCAAUUGGACUCAAUAGAAGGAUCAAUAUUGCAAGAAGUUUCUUACGUUAUGUGCCUCGAUACCCUCGCCUCCAACGAUUCUAUUUACAUGCACGUGUCGAAACCCCCCAAGGACGGAUCGCCGUCUUCUUUAUUUUUCAAAGAACUGAAAUCUGUCGGGGGUGCUUUGUACCCCGAUACGUCCAUCGAGGGGGUGCACAAGAAGAUCAAUUUAGCCGAUGAUAUUUUAGGAUGGGAACACGAGCGAUUCAGUAUUAGAAGACUUCCUGCAUUCACUUUGUCGACUUUGAAAAGUCAUAAAGAUUUUAGGAAGUUCACUAUUACGGAUACCAAGGAAAAUUUAAAUGUGGAUAAAUUAAUGGAGAACACUGAUAUUAUUGCCGAAGCGUUAGCUAGGUAUAUAUACGGUGUUUCUUAUGGGAAAGUGUUUGGAGAUACGAGGAAAAUAGAUAGAACCCAUAUUGAAACUUGGUCGAACUAUAUUUCUAGUCAGGCUAGAUCGCCCCAAUUAUUAAGUGCAAAAGACAAUCUACUAGUUGGUACUUUCAAAGAAACUUUCAAUAAAUAUUUGAGGGACGCUAAAAUAACGUUCGCAGUACCUGACAAGAGGGAUCCAGAUUUUCAAUUUUAUCAAAAUACCGGCGGCACCGUCAAUGUAUAUAGUGUAAAACCAGCAGUUUUCGAUCUAGUCCUAACAAUCGCGAUAGUUUUGUAUCUUUUGUUGAUAUACGCGUUUAUUGAAUAUUUUUCCGUAUUUUAUAAUUUAGCUUGUAAUUUUACGGUUAAUAAAAAGAUAAAAAACUUUUAACGGAAAAAAUUUUUUGUCAAAUAGUCGCGUUUUAGUUAUUUUGUUUUACAUCGAAUGAAAUUUUUUGUAUGUAUGAUUGUUUGUACAUAAAUUGAGAGGGAAAUGAUGUGAAGACGUUUUUCUAUCAUGUUGUACCUAAAUAUGCAAUAAUUUAAUAUAUUACUUUAAAAACU